AUAAGUAAACUCCGGCAAAUAAGCAACUUGGCCAAGUUCCUCCGUUGGUUGCCACAGACCUAACAAACGGAAACGUGCGCGAAGGACGUCCACUGGCUGCAUUCUACAACAGUAACCUGAUCUCGGGGAACAAUGCAACACCUGUUAGCCUAAAGCUGUAUUUAACCCUCUCCUAGUACCAUGAUUCCUGUUGCAAAUGAAGCGCUCUCUCUCACACACAAACACACAUUCUCUCACAUAGACCGCUAGCUAGCAACUGUAAUGGAGCAGGAGCUCAACAUUGAACUCACCCUCCUCCACCGCUCGGUCUCGCCGGAGCCGCCCGGCUUCUUCGUCUGCAUUUACUGCAACCGCAAGUUCCACAGCUCGCAGGCACUCGGCGGCCACCAGAACGCGCACAAGUACGAGCGCAGCCUGGCCAAGCGCCGACGGGAGAUCGCCGCAGCCAUGCGCGCGCAUGGGGCGGCCGCCACAGGCACCGGGGACGCUGCCGCAAGGCCCGGGGCCGCCGGAGUCGUCGUUGCUGCAGAUAAGAGGGCGAGGCAGGACGAGCGGCAAGAAGCUGCUGUACCACCGGCGCCUGACUUGAGGAUCAACAAGGAGAGGCCGUCGGAGUAUGGCUACGGCGUCGAGCGCGCCGACGAGCUGGACCUGUCCCUCAGGCUUUGAUUGGUUCCUCUUCCUUCUGCUCCUUUAAUUCGCUCGUGUUUGCUUAGAUAAUUCGAUCGGUAUGAUGAGUGCAAGUGUGCUAUUUCGUGAUACCUGCUUCGGUGUUGGAUCCAUCAGUUCCUCAUGUUGUUCGUCUGAUGGAAUUUCUUGGCAAUAACUGUUGUCGAUCCAUCCUGCUAUCCAAAGGACGUGGUAUUUGGUGUGUUCCUCAGUCGUUUCCUCUCUGUUCUCAAUAUAGCAUGCAUCUAUUAUUGAAACAUUACUUUGUUGGGAGCUUCUUCAAGUGAUUCAAAAUUGUGCAUAUGCCAUGUGAAAUUUCGCUCGAUUUAUGAACAAAUAGUAAUUCUUCAACUCCUUGAUCUACCGACUAUGCUUGAUA